AAAGGGAGGCGGCGGCCCCGCCCGGCCCGUGGGCAGCUCCCGGUCCUCUGUGCGCAGGAGAAGCGGCGGCUGCAGGAGGCGAUCCGCGCGGCGCGCCGGGAGCUGGAGGAGGAGAAACUCCGCGUGGAGCGGCUCAAGAGGAAGUCUCUCCGGGAGCGUUGGCUAAUGGACGGGUCGGCUGAGGGGACGGAGCGGCAGGAGGAGUCUGCUUCGAAAGACCCCCAGUCACCUGAGGGCCAGGCUCAGGCCCGAAUCCAGAACUUGGAAGACAGCUUGUUCACACUCCAAUCCCAGCUGCAGCUGUUGCAAGGUGCAUCCACAGGUGCCCAGCACAAGUCCUCAGGCAGGCCCACCUGGCGCAGACAGGGUCACCGACCUCUCUCCCAGCCUACCGUGGAGGCAGGUCCCACAGACCACGCUGAUCUGAACAAGAGAGCCUCCCUACCAGCUGGACCAGUGGACACGUCCCCAGAGUCCCCCUCUGAGCCCAGAGAUGAGGCUGUCAGGGCUCCACCAGCCCUGAGGUUGUUCCCUGGGGCAGCAGGGGCCUCCUCAGAAGCCAAUGGCCCCUGCCCUGGACCCAGCCCCCUUCCAGAGCAGCAGCCCUGUCAGGGGCAGGCAGCAUCCAAGGGGGGCGUGGAUGAGGCCAAAGGGGGUGUGGUGAAGGUGGUAUGGGAGGGGCUGAGGGCCACAGAGGACUGUGCCAUGGGGGCCACGGGCCCAGAGCUGGAGGCUAAGGUAGAGGAGAUGGUGUUGGAGGCAGUUGGGGACAGGCAGGAAGCCAGCUGCCCAGAGCUCCCCUCCUGGGUGACAGAGGACAGGGGCAUCGUGGAGGUGGUCUGGGAGGGGGUGGGAGGACCGGACAGCAGCGACUCAGAGGCCACAGGGGAGGCGGGCAGGGGCCAGAAGGCUGCGCAGACCGGCUCAUCGAGGCUUCAGGUGAGACUGGAGGGAGCAGCUCCUGGAGAAGGUGGCGUUCCCAGGGGCAGCCCUGAUGCUGAUGGGCCAGGGGGCUCUGGAGGAGAGGAGGGGUCUUUCAUUUGGGUGGAGAGGGUGACCCUCAGCGAGGAGUGGGAGGAGCUGGUGGUGGAGGGAUUGGAAGGGCCAAGGGUGUGGGGAAAGGGGGGAGGACCUGAGAGUCCACUGGGGGCAGAGAGGGGGGCAGGGGAGGAAGCCUGGGAGGCAGGGAGAAGCCAAGCAGAGGAACCAGUGGGCGGAGGAAAGGGGAGUGAGGAAAAGGCAGGGACAGCGCAGGAAGGAGCAGACAUGUCUCUGAUGGCGGAGAGGGAAGGAAGCAAGCCAGAGCAGAAAGGAGGUGAGGAAGAGCUAGAGGCAGAGAAGGAAGAUGAGGAACCAUUGGGAGUAGAGCAGAAAGGAGAUGAAGAAAAGCUAGAGGCAACUGAAGAACCAUUAGUGAUGGAAAGAAAGGAAGGCAAGGAAUCACCAAAGGUAGAGAGAACGGGAGGUGAGGCGCCACUGGAGGCCGAGGAAGGAGGUGAGGCGCCAUUGGAGGCUGAGAAAGGAGGAGGUGAGGCACCACUGGGGGCUGAGAAAGGAGGAGGAGAGGAGUCACUGAAGGCAGAGAAGGGAGGAAUUGAGGCACCAGUGAAGGCAGAGAAAAGAGGAGGUGAAGAGCCAUUGGAGGCCAAGAAAAGAGGAGGUGAGGAGUCACUGAAGGCAGAGAGAACAGGAGGUGAGGAGCCAUUGGAGGCCGAGAAAGGAGGAGGUGAGGAACCACUGGAGGCAGAGAAGACCGAAGCAGUCGAGGAAGAUCUGAGUCCAGAAGAGCAGAGAGAGUCCGGGGGAGGACAGGAAUGUCAGGCAGAGGAGGUGAGUGAGGCAGGGGCUCCCUUGGGGGCCAAGGAAGAGUCAAGGCCAGAAGAAGAACCCCAGCCCCAGGAGAAGCAGGAAGGCUCCCUGGAGGAGAGAUCUGUAAGACCCCAAAGCCCUGCUCAGGGCCAGGGCCCCUUGGGGGACGCCACCCCCCUCCUGGCGGAGACCCCCACCCCACAGCAGCCUGCCGAGUGCCAGCCACUUCUUCGGGCGCAAGGGCCCAGGGCCCACCCCAGCGCCCGGCCCGUGCCCACCUAUGCCCCUGCCCGGCAGCCCGAGCCAUCUGCCCCUGCUGAGGGUGAAGAGGCAAGUGGCCCGAAGCAGAAGACGUGCCAGUGCUGUGCGGUCAUGUGAGCCCACGCCCUCCGCCCCGCCCCAGCGCCUCUCACAGCUACCUCGGCCUCUCGGCGUCCAGCGGCGGCUCCCAGGCACCCGGGCGGCGGGGGGGGGCCCCCCCGGGAGCCAGCUGGCCCGCACGUCACCUCCUCCCGGGCUUCCGGGCGCUUCCCACUGCCUGUGACCGUGGUCCCCGUCUACGACAAAGCCUUUAU